AGGUGAUGCGUAGUCGGUGGUUUUCUGUGUAUGUACAUGUAGAGUUAUGUUGUACAUGGCGUGUCCAGCGUUUAGUAAAAUGUGUGGCGUCGUGAAACGUGAAACCUCUCACACAAACUGCACACUCUCUCCUGCUGCUGCUCUCUCACGACCUUCUCUACAAGGCGAAAACAAGACUAACGCUUCAUGUUCCAGGGCGAACAGCUGAUUCGCUGGGUUCCGAAUUGUAAAAUGGAUAGCUUUCUUGCAUUUUCCCUAGCGUGCUUGUACGAGAUAGGGGACCAAAAAAUCAGGCCAGGCAUAUUUUCUUCUUUCUUCGGUGGGUUUCACAAAGAGCGCUGCAGUCAUGGACGGAUUUGGGGGGUCCCUCCUGCCCUUUCUCAAGGAAUCACAGGACGACGCGGGAAAAUGAGAAUACGAGAAAAG